AUGCGUCCAAACUGCCUCCUCCUCCUCCUCUCCCUCUUUCUUUUCGCUCCCCUCAAAGAGUUACUUGCCGGAAUGGGUCCCCAGCGCGUGAACAUCAACGACGCACACCUGAAAGAGAUCGCGGAGUUCGCCGUGUCGGAGUUCAAUAAGGAAUCCCUGAAAUCGUUGGUGUUCCAGAGAGUGGUCAGUGGGCUUUCUCAGCUGGUAGAAGGAGACUUGUACACGCUUGUCAUUGCGGUUAGGGAUGAGUCUUUGCCUGCUAGCCCUAUUAUGAAUUAUCAGUGUCGCGUCAAUGAGAGAGUUUGGUUGGACGACCCCCUCAAGCUCAUAUCCUUCCAUCAAGUUUUCUAUGACACAGUCAUUUCAAUGUGGGAUUGA